GGACGGAGAGUUUUCAUGAAUCAGCAGGAUGAGUGUGUUCUGUUCAUCAGUUCAGUUCGGCUCUCAGCAGCGGAGCAUCAUGACUCGAGCCGCUCUGAACAUCAGCAUCGCUUUUAUUCUCCUUCUGUCCCGAUGCUGCGACGCAAACCGCAAACUCCUGGUGUUCCUGAUCGAUGGCUUCCGCUAUGAUUACAUGGACGAUUUACAAAACCUGGCCGGAUUUAGAGAGAUCGUGGAAAACGGUGUGAAAGUGGAUUACCUGACUCCAGAUUUCCCCAGUCUGUCCUAUCCAAACUACUACUCUCUAAUGACAGGACGCUACUGUGAGGUGCACCAGAUGACUGGGAAUUACAUGUGGGAUAAGGACACCUUGAAGGAAUUCCUUAUCGGAACCAAUCCGGACAGCCGUCUGCCCCUGUGGUGGGAUGGAUCGGAGCCGCUGUGGGUCACCAUGCAGAAACUAGGGAAGAGAGUCUACAUGUACUACUGGCCAGGUUGUGAAGUGACGAUUCAUGGAGUCAGACCUACGUUCUGUGAGGAAUAUGUGUACAAUCCUUCAGAGAAGAACCUGACCGACGCCAUGGAGAGCGCUCUCAAUAUGUUAAAGAGCAAUAAAGCAGACAUGGCUGGUAUUUAUUAUGAGAAGAUUGAUGUGGAAGGGCAUCACUUUGGGCCGCACUCUCCCGAAAUACAGCGUGCCAUUCGCUCACUGGAUCAGGCUUUCCAGAUUCUCAACCAGAAAAUCAAGGAGAAGAAUAUGAGAGACGAUAUAAACGUGGUGCUGUUCUCUGAUCACGGCAUGACGGAGCUCAAGUGGAUGGAGAAGGUCAUUGAACUGGAUAACUACAUUGACAUGUCGCACAUCAUUAAAAUGAUGGACAGAGGGCCGGUGGUCAGUCUGUGGCCCAAACAGGACAAGUUUGAGGAGAUAUAUCAGAACCUGAGCACUUCAGACAACAUGAACGUUUAUAAGAAACAAGAGAUCCCAGACCGCUACCACUACAAGAACGGCAGGUUCGUCUCAACGCUGACGCUGGUGGCGGAGCCGGGAUGGUUCAUCACUGAGAAUAAAGCCAAACUGCCCUUCUGGAAGAACGGCACGGAAGAGGCGGAGGGCUGGCAGCACGGCUGGCACGGAUACGACAAUGAGUUUGUGGACAUGAGGGGAUUUUUUUUGGCACAGGGACCAGACUUCAAGACGAACUUCCGCGCCGGUCCCAUUCGAACAGUAGAUGUGUAUAACGUCUUGUGUAAGACGCUGGGGAUUGAAGCGCUGCCCAACAACGGCUCCUGGUCUCGGGUGGAGUGUCUCAUGAGGAGCUCGGCCGCUGCCGUACGGGCCGCUCUGACCUCCAGCUUCCUGCUGCCGCUGCCGCUGCUGCUGCUCACACACUCCAUCACCUGCUAGAACAUUCCACAGCACACAACAUGAGAGGGAAGAUACAUCAAACACUUAUUAUAUGCCUUAGCGUGUGCCAUGAUGUCAGAUAAAUGCCAAGAAAAACAGUAUUCACUGCAUUGCCUCUAUUUUUGAGUUGUAAAUAUCAUUGAAUACUGAUGGAUUUGAAGGAAUGUUGGUGCUGGAUGAACCAAUUUGCACAUUUUCACUGAAAUUUUGACCUGAGGUCAAAAGAUUUAUAUUUUAGAAAAAUAUGAUCUUUUAUUAUGUAAUUUCCUCCAUGUCCUCCAUCUGUUGUUAUUCAGUUUUAACACAGAGCAGAUUUUUUUUUUCUUUUUUUCCCUGAUCACUAUAAAAUGACUAAUUUGGCCAGUGUCUCCUCUCUGUCGAGAUAUGUGCUGUUUCAAAUGUAAGGCAUUGUAUUGUUAUUAUUUGUUUAAUUUCUAUAACCAUAGAUUAUCCAUCUUCCUUUAGUACAGGGUUUGUACUCAUUUCUUUCACAAUAAAAUAUUUUCUCAAGA